AUGGAUGUCUCAGAACAAACUUUAAAAGAAGUAUUCUUAGGACAGGAUGCAGCUGAAACACUUAGCAGGAGAAAGCUACAUAUUCGAGGUCUAACAAGCAACCAGCUCACAAUAAGCAUCAAAGAAAUAUUGGGAUCUGCCUCCAAGACCAACAAGGCAAUAA